UGGCUCUCUCUCCACUCCCCUCUCACGUUGACUCUUUUUCUUUUUUUUCUUUUUUGUUUUGUUUCGUCUCUCAGAAAUAACCUCGAUUCGUUGAUGUGAAUUUAUAACUGAUAACUUGUCGAAUUCGUACCAGUUAAGUUAGCUAAAACCCAAUUUCCAAUUCUUGGUGUUCCUCAGUUCAUCACAUGGCUGCCAAUUUCUGGACUUCAUCUCAAUACAAAGAACUUCUGGAUCCUGAAGAAGUAGACGUUGUGCAUCAGCUAGAUAAAGAUAGAGGAAUCACUCUCGAUGAUUUCAAGCUCAUCAAGUUGCAUAUGUCCAAUUAUGUUGCAAGAUUGGCUCAAAAUGUGAAAGUGCGACAAAGGGUUGUUGCUACCGCAGUUACGUACAUGAGACGCGUAUAUGUCAGGAGAAGUAUGACAGAGUAUGAUCCUCGUCUGGUUGCUCCAACUUGCUUGUAUUUGGCAUCAAAAGCAGAAGAAAGCACUGUGCAGGCCCGACUUCUUGUAUUUUACAUCAAGAAAUUAUAUUCGGAUGAGAAGUAUAAGUAUGAAAUAAAAGACAUACUUGAUAUGGAGAUGAAAGUUUUGGAAGCCCUAAACUAUUACUUAGUUGUAUAUCAUCCAUAUCGUUCAUUAUCACAGUUCCUUCAGGAUGCCGGCAUGAGCGAUACAACUCAAUUGACUUGGGGACUUGUAAAUGACACCUAUAAGAUGGACCUAAUUCUCAUACAUCCGCCACAUUUGAUUGCUUUAGCCUGCAUAUAUAUUGCAAGUGUGCUGAAAGAUAAAGAAACUACUGCCUGGUUUGAGGAGCUUCGAGUUGAUAUGAAUGUGGUGAAAAAUAUAGCAAUGGAGAUACUAGAUUUUUAUGACAGCCAUAAAUCGAUCUCAGAUGAGAGGGUAAAUGCUGCAAUGAGCAAGUUAGCUGGAAGGUGUUAAACAAUUUGCACAAUGGCCAACAGCUUCCAAUGCAACUUCCAAUUAAGAGAUUCAAGAGUGGGAAGUCAAGCAUCGGCGUUGUUAAAUGACAAGCUUGAUUACAGAGACAAAUUCAGUGGGUCCAAAAUUAGUGUGAUCUUAUUGUGUGUCG